UGGGAUUUGAAGGAACCGGAAGUAGUUAACCGCUUCUGUGUUGUGAUGAUUUCCAGAGUGGAGGAAAAUAAUACUUGACAAUUGGAUUACUCAGUCUCAGUCUUUUUGUUUCAACCGAUAUUUUUGAGAAGUCAAAGAAAUUCAUCAGAAGGUCUGAAUCAAUCAAUGGGAAAAAUCUGAAAAUGUUCAGCUUUGAGGGAGAUUUCAAAACAAGGCCCAAAGUGUCAUUGGGAGGAGCGAGUAAAAAGGAAGAAAAAGCGUCUCUGUUGCAUCGCACACAAGAAGAAAGACGGAAAAGAGAGGAAGAGAGAAAAAGGCUGAAAAAUGCCAUCAUCAUUCAGUCCUACAUACGUGGAUACCAAGACUUAAAGCAGCAGUAUGCCCUUCAAAGAGCUAAGUUUGAUGAGUCUGUCAGCCAGUCACAGGCAGGUGGAACGCAGCACAUCAUGGAUGGUCCUUCUCUGUGCCUCCUGUCCAGACAACUAAUAUUUUUCUACAGACAGAGUGUGGAUGCACAUAGAUUGAUUUGGUUAUGCCAGAACCUUGUGAAACACAACAAUCCGUUCGUGAAGCUUUUAAAUAGCCCCCAGAAACAAACGUGUGUAUUUCAAAUCAAAAGGAUUCUGGGUUUUUGCUGUAGACUUCUGUUAAACUGCCCAGAUGACAGUUUAAAUGUUGCUGUUCCUAUGCGGAUGUUGGACAUCUUUUCUUCAGAGAGAACAUAUCUUCACGUUAUUCCAGAUGCUAACAAUGUAGCUUCAUUACUCGAGCAGAUUUUGCACUAUAUGGUACAGAAAGGAUACUAUAAAUCGCUGUAUAGUCUUGUAAAUCACCGGCUGCCUCCCAGUUUGGAGUACAGCGAUGCUCCCUCUAUCCCUCUGGCAAGCACACUGUUGGAGCACAUUCUCAAACCUUUGCACUUUACUUACUCCUCCUGCACAACAGGCGCAAGGCAGUUUGUAUUUGCAGCAUUUACUGAGGAGUUCAUCUCUGCACCAUUCACCGAGCAGAUUUUUCACUUUUUCAUUCCGGCACUCUCUGACCGCCGCCUGUUGUUUCCGUUCGAGGCCUUCCUGAGCUCCCUGCAGGUCACAAUCCACUCUUUCUCAGCAGCACAAAGCAAGGCUCCCUGGCUCUUCUACUUUGUCCUCUGUGCAGGAGAGAAUUGUUUAAACUCACUGUCAGAGGAGGGACACCUGCUCUACCUUCAGGCUCUGCAGGCCCUGCUGCCGCUGCUACCGGUGUCAGAAAGCACCAGCCGGCCAGAACUGACCAGUGAUUCGGAGGAUGAUGACGAGGAUAUGCAUCCUAUCCCCAUGCAGGACAACAGCCGGAUUUCUGUGCAGCUGAUAACGGAGGAAUGCGUCCACAAGCUGGACACGAAGCGGCAAACCAACGCGCUGCUGAACCUGGUUUGGGGGGAUACAGUCCGCGAGGAAGUCUUCACCAUGAUGGCAUCCAUUUGUCACACACUCAUGGUGCAACAUCGUCUAAUGGUUCCUAAAGUUAGACUCCUGUACAGCUUAGCUUUCAAUACUCGGUUCCUGAGGCAUCUCUGGCACCUGAUAACCUCCAUGACAACUAAAAUGAUCACUGGCUCCAUGGUGCCACUGCUCCAGCUGAUCUCCCGAGGUUCUCCCAUGUCAUUUGAAGAUUCAAACCGAAUCAUCCCACUCUUUUACCUCUUCAGCUCUCUCUUCAGUCACUCUCUUAUUUCUGUCCAUGACAGUGAAUUCUUCGGGCAUGAAAUUGAAGGUCCGAUGCAGUCCUCUAUGAUGCCCUUCACUCUGGCCGAACUGGUGACUUUGUCCCGUUGUCUGAGAGAUGCGUGUCUGGGAAUCAUCAAGCUUGCCUACCCUGAAACUAAAGCAGAGCACAGGGAGGAGUACAUGGCUGCCUUCCGCAGCGUGGGCGUGAAGACCAACGCUGAGGUCCAGCAGCGCAUCCAGGCUGAGCAGAAACGCUGGGUGCAGCUCUUCAAGGUCAUCACUAACUUGGUGAAGAUGCUGAAAGCUCGCGACAUCCGGCGGCCUUUCUGUCCGGCAGGUCACUGGCUGUCUCAGGAGGUCAACAUCCGAGCCGAUAAGGUCACCCAGCUGUAUGUCCCAUCAGCGAGACACGUGUGGAGAACACGACGGAUGGGGCGCAUUGGGCCUCUUCAGUCUACACUGGAUGUUGGUUUGGAGCCUCCACAGCUCUCUGUGUCUGAAGAGAGACACCUGGCCAUCCUUACAGAGCUCCCGUUUGUUGUUCCGUUUGAGGAGCGAGUCAAGAUCUUCCAGCGGUUGAUCUCGGUGGACAAACGGGACGUGCAGGGGGAUGGGCCGUUCCCUGAUGGCAUCAAUGUAACCAUUAGACGCAACUACAUCUACGAAGACGCCUACGAUAAACUAUCCCCAGAAAACGAACCAGACCUUAAGAAGAGGAUUCGAGUCCACCUUCUCAACGCUCAUGGUCUGGAUGAAGCCGGCAUUGACGGAGGCGGCAUCUUUCGCGAGUUCCUCAACGAGCUCCUGAAAUCAGGCUUUAAUCCAAACCAAGGUUUCUUCAAGACUACCAAUGAGGGCUUGUUGUUUCCCAACCCUGCUGCAGAGAUGCUGGUGGGCGACUCCUUCACGAGACACUACUACUUCCUGGGCAGGAUCCUUGGAAAGGCUCUCUAUGAGAACAUGCUGGUGGAGCUCCCUUUUGCUAGUUUCUUCCUAUCCAAACUUCUGGGAACCAGCGCAGAUGUCGACAUCCACCACCUGGCCUCUUUAGACCCCGAGAUGUAUCGCAACCUUCUGUUCCUCAAGAGCUAUGAGGGUGAUGUGGAAGAGCUGGGUCUCAACUUCACCGUGGUCAACAACGAUCUGGGAGAAGCUCAGGUGGUUGAACUGAAGCUGGGAGGAAAAGAUAUCCCAGUGACAACAGCCAACCGGAUAGCUUACAUCCAUUUAGUGGCUGACUACAGGCUCAACAAGCAGAUCAGGCCUCACUGCCUGGCCUUCAGACAGGGUCUGGCUAAUGUGGUCAACCUUGAAUGGCUGCGUAUGUUUGAUCAGCAGGAAAUUCAGGUGCUGAUAUCUGGAGCGCUUGUUCCGAUUUGUCUCGAUGACUUAAAAAACUUCACAAACUAUUCAGGUGGAUAUUCUGCUACUCAUCCAGUUAUCCAGAUCUUCUGGGAAGUGGUUGAAGGAUUUACAGAUGAAGAAAAGCGCAAACUGUUAAAGUUUGUCACUAGUUGCUCCAGACCUCCGCUGCUGGGCUUUAAGGAGCUUUAUCCAGCCUUCUGCAUUCACAACGGUGGAAACGACCUGGAGCGCUUGCCUACAGCCAGCACCUGCAUGAACCUGCUCAAGCUCCCCGAGUUCUGCGACCAGCACCUGAUGAGGAGCAAGCUGCUAUACGCCAUCGAGUCGAGCGCAGGAUUCGAGCUGAGCUGAGUCGAGCCGCAGCCUAGCCUUCUCUGCCUGCAGAGACGGACCCGAUGCCACCUAGGUGGCUUUGGAUUAAUAGGAAAACGAUGCACUGACUUAUUAUGCGUUUCUAUGAGUGAGUGUGCGUGCCAAGGAAAAGAACAAAAAGAGGGGAAGCAUAGAGGAAACUUUUUAUUUUUAAGCCCCUGUUUUUAAGACAUUUUUAACCAAUGUUUGAGAACCAUACAGGAAAACAGUGUUGCAUCAAGAGAGCUUAAACAAUGCCAUCCCCACCCCCUCUUAAAAAUAGUGUAUGGAAAAGGCAUUAUGACAGAAAGGGGGUAUUCUAAAGCCACCUUGUGGUGCACUAAGGGCUGCAGACGGGGAGCAGCUAUGCCUAGUGCUAACAAAUGUUUUCAUGUAGAGGUUUGAAAUUCCUGUUUGUGUUUUUUCCAAGCUUACAGUGCCUUGCAAAAGUAGUUGUACCCCUUAAACUUUUCAAUUUCAUUACAACUAACUUUACUGUAUUUUAGACCAACACUAAGUAUUGAAUAAAAUUAAAUCUGAGUAUUACAAUAAUGAGAGUUAAAGAUAAUAACAAUGUGUGCCACAGCUUUCAGAGUAUAAUUUGUAUAGAAAAAUAUAUAUGUUCUGAAAUGUACUUGGUCAGGCAGUAUCACAGAAACUCAAUAAAUAAUGGAUGGCGGUAUAAAAUAUUUGCAAGGCGCUGUAACUUGUAAUUAAUUUUGCCUAAAAAAAACAUUUGGAAGUGUGCACACGGAGAUCUAGGAGAAGACUGAUUUUGUUGGCGUAAGGUAGAGGAAAGCAAUAUAUAAUCACAGUUUUGUGAAUAUGUAUAUGUUUUAAACAGCUCUUGUAUGAUCCAUGUAUGUGUUAUUUGUAUAGGUUGGUUUCUGUUCCCAUAUGUACCUGCUUGGAUGAGCUAUAUUUUCACCUGAUCAGCACAUGAAGGUUUGUGUCCUUCUGAUGACCCGUGUACCAACUGGGUGAAGAGACGGAAUACGGAUAUAAAUAAAUCCGCUUUUCUUUUUGCAUUUUCCAUCCAUUAGCCUUCUAGUUUUUCUUGUUACUUGUAAUUUACAGUAAUGACCAAGACAUAAAACGGUGCUUUGUGGGGAAAUUUCCUCUCCGAGUUUUACGGCCUCUGACAUAUAAUUAAAGAAACAUCCAGUUAAGAAACACUGAGCAGAACUGUUCUGGCCUUGAGAUGCAUUAUCGGGCUGAGCACAAAUUAAGAUUGUGUGGGUAUAUCAUAAAUCUUACUGCCCUCGACGCAGCACGGCCCGGGAAGACAUCCAUCCCAUUUUGGACCAUGUCCAUCCGUCCAUCCUAUCCUCUUUCUCACUCUCCACUCAGCAUGUAAUGACCAGCAUCUCCUCUAGUGUCGGUGGUGGAAAUUCGUUCUUAAACUGCGCCAGAGAACUCUGUAGUAAUUGGGUCUUAAAAACAGGGCUUGUCGUUGAAAUGAGAGAUUCAUCUCAAUUACUGUAAGAUUUAUAUUUGGUCUAUUACUUUGUGAUGGAUUGUAACCAACAACCUUAAUGUAGGGUAUUAUGAAUCAUCUCCAGUUAUAUAUAUACUUUUUUAGGGCUCUGUUGAGCCUUUUAUAUUUGCUGAUCUGACUUCAAAGAAAGUGGGAACAUCGGUAAGGAGGUAAAUUGAAUUUUUUAGUUGCUUAUAAGAAAAGUUAAGGCACAUUUAUUAUUUUUACCACAUUCAUACACCGGGUAAUUUCAAGUGGCUAAAAAAACAAACAAGAACAACUGCUUGCAAUGUAAAAGAUAUCACCUAAAAGCUUAAAAGUUGAUAAAUUUAAGCUAAUAACACGCCAAAACAUUUUAGAAAUGAUAAAACAAUCAUUAGAUUAUGGAUAAACUUUCAGUCAUUUAAAAGAGGCAACAAAGUUUUUUUUUUCUUACAUUCAUCAGGUUUAGAUGCAGUUCUAUAUGUAGCCUAAUUUCCCUUUCAGGGCAAUAAAGUUUUUCUUUUAAUUGAUUAAAACAUAUUUCAGUGUUUUUAAGGGAAGUGGCUGCAGUGGCUGUAGAUGGAAGUGUUUUCUUCUUAUAAUAUACUGUCACCUAGUGGUUGCUGUUGGUAAAUGAAAACAGUAUUUCCAGUCUGUUUUGUUCUGCUAUCAGUAAAAAAAAAGAUCUUGCAAAUUCAGGUGCCUUUUUCUUCAAGUGCUUUCAUAACAAGUAAUGAAAAUGAGUAAACCGGUUUCAAAAGGUUAUUUUGAUGUGUUGUCUGCUUUGAUGGGUUCUAAAGCUGGCAUUAUCUGUCUUUUUUAUGUUAAAUAGAAGUUCAACAUUGAAUUUGUUAUUUAGUUCAUAAUGAGAAGCUACUUUUGUCUCCCUGUAUCUCUGUGCACCACAGUCUGAUAAAAACAUAAAGGUGUGUACUAUUAUCAGUUAGACACAGCUUAUGGGAGAUUGAUGCAUAUUGACCUGUGAAUGGUGUGUAUUGCUGACAUUCCUUUGGCACUUUCUACAUCCUGACUGACCAAAGGGUUCUUUAUUAGUAACAGCUGUGCAUAGUUUUUAUUGGAUACUCUGUAGCUAACCAGCUUUUCCACUGGAUCUAACUGACCUUUAUUUCUCUCUUAAAAUCAAUGCAUGAUUUUCAGAAUUUGUUUGGCUUGCAGCUGGAAAAUCCUGCACUUUUUUAAAAUAAUGGGUUUAGCUCAAUGUUUAUAAUCUAAACAAAUCAAAGAUCAUGUAACUAUGAAUUUACCUUAUUGUGU